AUAAGAGUUAAAGCACGAGUUGACUCAGUUUCACCAUUAUAAACGAUACUAAUAUAGUGGGACACUCCAAACGUCAGUCUCUUAUUUUUUGUUCUACUUCUUGUUCAAUCCUUCCUCUCUCAUGGCGUUAGAAGAGAGCUUCGUGACGGUUUCUUCUUUGUCGAGACUGUCUAUAUGCACGAACUCUGUUUACGUCGACGAAGACGAAGCAGCAGCAGCCACGAAGAAUCAGCAAGAUUCGUGUGUUUUCACGUCGGUGGAGAGUUUCAUCGACGGAGCAGAGGCUGACGGAGAAGUUUCCGAUGAUGGAGAAGGAAAAGAGAACGUUCGAGAGUCUGAUUCCGACAAAGAGUCGCGUGGGUUUUACUCUCUUCCGGUGACUCCAUCUCGUCAGAGAAGGAAACUUAUAGUCUCCGGCGAGUUAGAUGCGAAUGAGAGUAACUGCAGUAAGUGUAACUCACGGAGGCAAAGGAGGGUAAGUAGGGAAAAGAAAAAAAGAGGAGUUAACGGAGAGUGUGACGGCGGUGGGGGAGAAGGGUUGACGGUGUUAACGAGAGCUAAAGGAGGAGAGAAGUCGCUGAGGAUGGGGUUAGAAGAAGUGAAAGCUUGUAGAGAUCUAGGGUUCGAACUAGAGGUUCCGGUUCCGGGUCGGAUCUCAGUGUCAACCGGGUCUAAUUUCGAUACUCAGACUAGUAGUGGCGGCAACUCACCCAUCGCCACUUGGCGCAUCUCCAGUCCCGGUGAUGAUCCAAAGGAGGUUAAGGCGAGAUUGAAGGUGUGGGCACAAGCUGUGGCUUUAGCUUCUGCUUCACGUCAUCAAGCUUCUUAAUUAAAUAUCUUCUCUGUUUUAGUAUUGAUCACUUUUAUCCAAGUAAUAGAUUAUUAGGGCUUUUAAUGUUUUUUUUUUCUUUUGCUUAGUGAGUUUUGAGAAAUCAUGAGUUCGUUUUGUGGGUUUGUAAAUACGAUAACUAGAGUUGUGUUUCAUGGAAGAUGGAAAAAGUUUCAGUCACUAGUGACAUCCGUUUGGCAGGUGAACUAAUAAUUUUGCGAACUAUUA